AUGUCCGACGACGAGUUCAACUUUUACAACUACAAGCCGUCAUCAGCAGCGGCUAUGAUCUUCCUGCUUGCAUUUGGCCUGGCGACUCUUUGGCAUCUAUAUAUCAUUCUCAGCCGGCGAGCGUGGUAUUUUACCCCUCUGCUCUGUGGUUGUAUCCUUGAGUCCCUCGGUUACGUCGGCCGCUUCCUCAAUUCAUACAACCCUACAAGCAUAACGCCUUUCAUGAUACAGAGCUUAUGCUUGCUAGUAGCGCCUGCCCUCGUCGCUGCCUCCAUAUACAUGGUGUUUGGACGCCUAAUACUCUUCCUCCACGCUUCAUCCCUCUCCCCCAUCAAGCCUACUAGGAUGACCAAAAUUUUCGUCGCCGGCGAUGUCAUUUCAUUCCUGAUACAGUAUAUAGGAGGGGGUCUCCUUUCAAAACAGAAAUCAUUCGACACGGGAAAGAUGGUCAUCCUGAUUGGCCUCGCCGCGCAGAUUGUUUUGUUUGGCCUCUUCACUUUGGCAGCCGUCGUAUUUCACCUUCGAAUAAUCGAUCGCCCACUCCAAUUACUCCCCGUGGAGGAUAGCGGAAAAUUCUUCAAGGGGUGGCGAGGUGUCAUGGUGGUUUUGUAUGUGUCGAGUGGCCUCGUCUUGGUCCGUUCCCUCUACAGACUCGUCGAAUACACCACUGAUCGAGAUGGACCGUUGGGGAGUCACGAGGCUUAUUUCUACAUGCUGGAUUCGGUAUUGAUGCUAGGGGCCGUGGCUAUCAUCGCCAUUCUUCAUCCAAUUAUGUCCCGACCAAAAAGGCCAUCAUACGUCUCCAAGAUUUGGAGAUAG